ACUGUCAUGGCCUAUGACCGCUACGUGGCCAUCUGCCAACCCCUGCACUACAGGACCCUCCUGAGCACCAGAGCUUGUGCCCACAUGGCAGCAGCUGCCUGGGCCAGUGGGUUUCUCAAUGCUCUCCUGCACACGGCCAAUACAUUUUCACUGUCCCUCUGCCAGGGCAAUGCUGUGGGACAGUUCUUCUGUGAAAUCCCACACAUCCUCAAACUCUCCUGCUCAUACUCAGACUACCUCAGGGAAGUUGGACUUCUUGUGGUUCCUGCCUGUUUAGCAUUUGGCUGUUUUGUUUUCAUUUUAGUGUCUUAUGUUGCGAUCUUCCGGGCCGUGAUGAGGAUCCCCUUGGAGCAGGGACGGCACAAAGCCUUUUCAAUGUGCCUCCCUCACCUGACCGUGUUAUCCUUGUUGGUCAGCACUGACAUCUUUGCCUAUCUGAAGCCCCCUUCCAUCUCCUCCCCAUCCCUGGACCUGGUAGUGUCAGUUCUGUACUCAGUGGUUCCUCCAGGAGUGAACCCUCUAAUCUACAGCCUGAGGAACCAGGAGUUCAAGGAUGCCCUGAGGAAUAUGAUCACUGGAUUCCUUUGA